GGGGAGAGACCUUUUGAAUGCUCAGAGUGUGGGAAGAGAUUCAGUCAGAGUGGCCAUCUUCAAAGUCAUCAGAGAACACACACAGGGGAGAGACCUUUUGAAUGCUCAGAGUGUGGAAAGAGGUUCAGUGAGAGUCGCCAUCUUCAAUGUCAUCAGAGAACACACACAGGGGAGAGACCUUUUGAAUGCUCAGAGUGUGGGAAGAGGUUCAGUGAGAGUGGCACUCUUCGAAGUCAUCAGAGAACCCACACAGGGGAGAGACCUUUUGAAUGCUCAGAGUGUGGGAAGAAAUUCAGUCAGAGUGGCUGUCUUCAAAGUCAUCAGAGAACACACACAGGGGAGAGACCUUUUGAAUGCUCAGAGUGUGGGAAGACGUUCAGUGAGAGUCAGAAACUUCAGAGGCAUCAGAGAACCCACACAGGGGAGAAACCUUUUGAAUGCUCAGAGUGUGGGAAGAGAUUCAGUCAGAGUGGCCAUCUUCAAAGGCAUCAGAGAACCCACACAGGGGAGAGACCUUUUGAAUGCUCAGAGUGUGGGAAGAGAUUCAGUCAGAGUGGCCGUCUUCAAAGUCAUCAGAGAACCCACACAGGGGAGAGACCUUUUGAAUGCUCAGAGUGUGGAAAGAGAUUCACUGACAGUGGCAGUCUUCAAAGGCAUCAGAGAACCCACACCGGGGAGAGACCUUUUGAAUGCUCAGAGUGUGGAAAGAGAUUCAGUGAGACAGGGAAUCUUCACAAGCAUCAGAGAACCCACACAGGGGAGAGACCUUUUGAAUGCUCAGAGUGUGCAAAGUUGUUCAGUCAGAGUAGCAAUCUUCAAACUCAUCAGAGAACCCACACAGGGCAGAGACCUUUUGAAUGCUCAGAGUGUGGAAAGAGAUUCAGUCGGAGUGACCAUCUUCAGAGUCAUCAGAGAACCCACACAGGGGAGAGGCCUUUUGAAUGCUCAGAGUGUGGAAAGAGAUUCACUGUCAAUAGCGCUCUUCAACACCAUCAGAGAACCCACACCGGGGAGAGACCUUUUGAAUGCUCAGAAUGUGGAAAGAGAUUCAGUGAGAAACAGCAUCUUAAAAGUCAUCAGAGAACCCACACAGGGGAGAGGCCUUUUGAAUGCUCAGAGUGUGGAAAGAGGUUCAGUCAGAGUGGCAAUCUUCAAUACCAUCAGAGAACUCACACAGGGGAGAAACCUUUUGAAUGCUCAGAGUGUGGAAAGAGAUUCACUGUCAGUAGCUCUCUUCAAAGUCAUCAGAGAACCCAUACAGGGGAUAGACCUUUUGAAUGCUCAGAGUGUGGAAAGAGAUUCACUGUCAGUAGCGCUCUUCAAAGUCAUCAGAGAACCCACACCGGGGAGAGACCUUUUGAAUGCUCGUGUGGAAAGAGAUUCAGACAGAGUAGCAGUCUUCAAAGUCAUCAGAGAACCCACACAGGGGAGAGGCCUUUUGAAUGCUUAGAGUGUGGAAAGAGAUUCACUGUCAGUAGCGCUCUUCAAAGUCAUCAGAGAACCCACACCGGGGAGAGACCUUUUGAAUGCUCAGAGUGUGGAAAGAGAUUCAGACAGAGUAGCAAUCUUCAAAGUCAUCAGAGAACCCACACAGGGGAGAGGCCUUUUGAAUGCUCAGAGUGUGAAAAGAGAUUCAUUGACAGUGGCAGUCUUCAAAAGCAUCAGAGGACCCACACAGGGGAGAAACCUUUUGAAUGCUCCGAGUGUGGAAAGAGAUUCACUGUCAGUAGCCAUCUUCAAAAGCAUCACAGAACCCACACAGGGGAGAAACCUUUUGAAUGAUCAAAGUGUGGAAAGACAUUCAG